UUUUUGUUUCUGCCUUACUCUCAGUCAGUCUCUCUCUCUCUCACUUUCUUUUCUAUUUUUCUCUGUCAUUUCUCUGCAAUUCCAUGCCAAUUUUUCAGCACUGAUGAUGGAGAAUAUGAAAUAGUGGGGUUUCAAAAUAAAAUAUCAUAGAAAAAAGGUAAACCCACUAAAGAGAGAGAGAACCAAAAAAAAAAAAAAUGAUAACCCCACAUUUCAGAAUUCACUAAUCAUUUUGUUUUCCUGCUGGGUUUUUUUUCUUUUUCAUUUUUUCAGGCCUUGCUAGGUAAUAAAUCUAUAUUGUUUUUUUCCUUUUGGGGUUUUACGUGAAGGGUUUUUGUCUAUAUCUAUUGAAUCUUUUAUCAUAGAAAAAACCAAACUGCAUUGUGACGAGAUCAAAGAAGAUGGCAAAAAAAUAAAAAGCAAAAGCAAAGCCAAAAAAGAAAGCUUUAAUAGAAGAAAGGAAAAAAAUACAAAACCUUCUUUCUUCUGAUUCAUUGCACGUUUGGUCUCUUUGAUGAUGACCCUUCAGGUGGCAUUAGCUGAGAAAUAAGGGAAAUAAAAAGUGAAACGUUUUUUCUUCUUUCUUUUUUCUUUUUUCCUGUUUUGUAAUUCACUGCUCUGAAUUGGAAGACACAGAGUUCUAGCAAAGAGAGAGAGAGAGAGAGAGAGAGAGAGAGAGAGAGAUUUCAUGGGGCCUUUGGUUUUGUUUUCUGGUUUCUGGGUUUUGUGAAGAUGGUGGUUUUGACUGUAUUGAUAUUGCCUUUGUUUUCCUCGUUCUCUAAUAUUAAACUCAAAAGAGGAGAAAAAGAAAAUCCUACCUUCUUCUAUCUUUGAAGCUUAAAGCUGCCUUGAAAGGUUUUCUUCCAACCAACAGCACUUUUUGGUUAAAAAACCGAUCUUUCCGGAAGAGAUCAACAGCAAGAACCAGCAACUGAAGCUUUAGAUUUUAAUAAUGGCAGACUGUGACACUACUCUUCCAUCUCCCAAAGACAACAAGGAACAGAAGAAACCCACUUCAUUUCCUAGGUUGUUCACUGGUUUUACUUUAAAAGCCUUUUCUGAUAAUACUGAGGCUGUUAUGAGCCCAACUUCUAUUCUUGAUAGCAAGCCCUUUUCAGCUUUCAAAAACCCUUUUUGGUCCGAAUCAAGCACCCCCAGAACCCCAGAACCUGAAAUUAGACACAAAAUUGACUCUAAAGGAAUUGGUCUUGGCAUUGUUGAUGCUCUCAAAGAUGAUGCUUUUGAUUCCAACCUGUCAAAACCUGUCCUUUUCGGUUCACAACUUAGGAUCCAAAUUCCAUCCCUUCCUCCUGUUUUUUCUCCUGCAGAAUCUCCUAGAACACCUCCUGAAUUUGGUAUCAAAACAAGGAAUUCUGAAUUGAGUUCAUUUUCUUCUGGCUUGUCUCCUUCUCCCAUGAGGAAAAGCAUUGAGGCAUUGAAUUCUCCUAGGUUCUUCACCGGGAGUCUCUCAGCUACUGAGAUGGAACUCUCAGAAGAUUACACAUGUGUAAUAUCACAUGGGCCUAAUCCAAGAACCACCCAUAUUUUUGAUAAUUGCAUUGUUGAGAACUGUUGUGGGGUAGUUGGGUUCACUUCUUCGAAGAGGGAGAAUGGAUUUUUGGGUGAUAGAUCAAGUUACCAAUCUGACAGUUUUCUCAGCUUCUGUUAUACUUGCAGGAAGAAUCUUGGUCAGGGAAAAGACAUUUACAUGUACAGAGGGGAGAAAGCAUUUUGCAGCAGAGAAUGCCGGUACCAAGAGAUGAUGCUAGAGGAAGAAUUAGAUAAACUGGAAUCAGAUGAUGUCUUUGGGACCUGUUCUUGACAGUUGUUUAAGUUGUCAUCAAUCUUUUUCUCUCCUUUGAAGAGCCAGCCAAGAAAAAGUAAACCUGCUCCACAACUUUGUUUACAGACCAUCAUUAUAAAAAUUUUAACUACUUCAUUUGCAGAUUAGACUAGGCUAGUUGUGAAAGAAAAACAAAAGGUACUGGAUUAUAAAUCCUGGACUUUUUUAUCUGCUUAAAUGUUAAAAAUUGAACCUUGGUUUUCUCAUUAUAUCUCCUUCAACAGGUGGAAGGAGCAAUAGGCUCUGAUAUUUGUAGACAUUUUCUUGUAAGUGAUAAUGGGGUAAUUGCUGUUGGGUUUUUGUCCACAGUUUUUGGUUGUCAAAGUUGGUGGCAAAUGGCAAUGAUGAUCAUCCUGAUUUGUGAAUUGA